AUGAGCUCCUUUGACCUCCCGGCACCCUCCCCACCUCGCGGCAGCCCCCAGUUCCCCAGCAUCGGCCAGGAGCCCCCCGAGAUGAGCCUUUACUAUGAGAACUUCUUCCACCCACAGGGCGUGCCCAGCCCCCAGCGGCCCCCUUCCUUUGAGGGGGGCGGCGAGUACGGGGCCGCCCCCAACCCCUACCUCUGGCUCAACGGGCCGGCCAUGACUCCGCCACCGUACCUGCCCAGCGCCAACACCAGCCCCUUUCUGCCCCAGGCCUACGGUGUGCAGAGGCAGCUGCUGCCCGGCAUGUCUGGGCUGGGGGGCGGCGAGCUGGGCUGGCUGCCCAUCCCCUCUCAGGAGGAGCUGAUGAAGCUGGUGCGGCCCCCCUAUUCCUACUCGGCUCUCAUUGCCAUGGCCAUCCACGGGGCGCCCGACAAGCGCCUCACCCUCAGCCAGAUCUACCAGUAUGUGGCCGACAACUUCCCCUUCUACAACAAGAGCAAGGCCGGCUGGCAGAACUCCAUCCGCCACAACCUGUCUCUCAACGACUGUUUCAAGAAGGUGCCCCGCGACGAGGACGACCCGGGCAAAGGGAAUUACUGGACCCUGGACCCCAACUGUGAGAAGAUGUUCGAUAACGGAAAUUUCCGCAGGAAGAGGAAGAGAAAAUCGGAUGUCUCCUCCAGCCUGGCCUCUGAGAAGACAGAGAACAGCCUCCUGGAGGGCAGCCCCAAGACCGGGGAGGCCCAGGACAUCUUGGACAGUGCUUCACCGGGGACCACCGGCUCUGCAGAGAAGCAGUCCUCCCCUCCCCCACUGGGUACCCCCUGCCUCAACAGCUUCCUCUCCACCAUGACAGCCUAUGUGAGCGGGUCUAGCCCAGUGAGCCGUCCCGUGGCCACACCAGGACUGAGCCCUGAGCCCACUGACAAGAUGGGGCAGAACGUGCUGAACUUCAGCUCCUACACCCCACUCACCAACCUCAGCGGCCACGGGGGUGGGGGCGAGUGGGCCAACCCCAUGCCCACCAACGCUCUCGGCUAUGGAGGCUCUGUCCUCAACCAGUUCAGCCCUCAUUUCUACAACAGCAUCAACACAAACAGCAUCCUCUACCCCAGGGAGGGCACCGAGGUCUAGAACAGAACGGCUCCCGAACCAGCUGGACAUGCAUAGGAGAAAAGCAGUCGAGGCCUCCCAUGCCAGCAUCGCUGCGGUCCAAGACCUCUGAGCUGCCCAGACAUACCCAGGAAGCUCAGGGGAAUUCAGCCUUUUUCUAGAGCAUGGUGGAAACCUUCUGCUUAUCUCACAUACAUCCACACACACACUCACCAAGUCUGCAGCGGAAAUACUGGCGCCUGGUAACAGUAAUCAUGGUGGCCAUUUGUCGAAUACUCACUACGCACCAGGUGCCGUCCUAGGCUCCUCAAAGGCAUAAUCACACUUACAUUUACAGUCACCCUGUGAGAUUCCAGUGAACCGCUUCACUUAACAGAUGAGGAAACUGAAGCUCCAGGAAGUUAGGUAACUUUCCCAGGACCUCACAAACUAGUAAGGGGCAGGGCCAAGAGUGGGGUCCAGGUCUAUAUGACCCCCGAAGUCUGGGCCAGCAGAGGCAGGGAUGGGGCAGUUGGUCAAGCAGCUAAGGAAGGUCAGUGUGAAAGCUGCUGUGGCAGGCACAUCCUCUACCUUCUGGCUGUCCUUCAAAAUUUAGCCCUAGCCCCGGGCACAUCUCAUCCUGGUCUAAGUCCUUAUUCUGUGGCUCCCACCUUACCUGUAGACACUGCUGUUGCUGCCACUCGAGGAGGGAAGCCCGGGCCCGUGAAGGACAGUGGUCCCACCUCUCCCCCCAGAGGGACAUUGCUUCCCCAGCCCCAGAGAGCGUGAGCAGGGCAGGGAGAGGAGUGAUGCACCGCAUCCCCCGCUCCAGCCCUGUCCACCUGCAAGCCCAGCUUCCUGUGCGCACGUCAAGGACCAGUGAGCUGAAAGUGGCUGAGUCUUCCAAGAGAAACAAGGCUGAAUGAGCGCUUCCUUUUUUAGAGCCUGGGAGAGCUGAAUGUCGGAGAAAACAAUGCCUCAAGGAAGGGGGCUGUGGCCCACUGCACAGGGCCCCACGCCUGCAGCUCCUGAGACUCUUCUCGUUUUUAUAUGUACUUUACAUGCCUGUGAUGUGUCAUCACAACACACCCUGGGAAGUGUUUUUGUUUUCUUAUUUUCUUUUGAAUUAAAAAAUUUUUUA